AGUCUUGGUCACCUGGUACUGUCUUUUGACCAAGUGCUCCGUUUGUUUGUGGAAUGAUAAUUAAGGUAGGAAAAGAAAAGAACUGAACUUUGGAGUAUGUUUCUUCGAACUUCCAAAUCUUAUACGACAAAUCAUGAACUCCGUUAAUAUUAAUGGGUUCCUCAAUCUUUUGCGCAUAAACUCUGCAUCUAGUUAUUGAACAUGGUUACAAGUUGAAACAUAGUUAUAACAUUAUUCUUAUUAGGCCCAAACUCUUUCUUGUUGUUCCAUUUUCUGCUUUCUAUAGAUCUUUCCAAAGCCAUGUCUUCGUCUGAUCUCUCCCACAACACCACCAACACCAACAAUGGCAACAGUAACGGCGGCGGCUAUUCAAACGAGGACGAGCAAGAUUAUCGUACCAUGGAGACCCAACUCGAAAAAUUGAGGAAAGAUCUCGAGUACAUAAACCUCAACUUCUCCAAAUUCAAGAAAUCUGCAGACGAAGUGGCUGCUGGCUCCAGGGAUCUCUUACUACACACACUCGACAAGUCCUUAGGCGAUUUAAGAGCCAAAGCUCUCACUCCGGCUUUAAAAGCCAAGCAAAAGACUCAACUAAAAUCCAGGAUUCGUGUACUCAGUGACAUUGUCAUCAAGUUAAAGCUUCACAUCCCUAAUCUCUCUACCAUUGCAUCCGCCGCUGGUACAAUUAACCGGGUCGAUGUCGGCUUCGGUUUAGAUGACCUCCAGGUGAUUGAUGAAUUGCCUGACUUACACUACAACACACUCUUUAAUCAAAGCUAUGCUUUUCAAGAUUUUAGGGACAUUUAUAGUAGUCUUGAUGAUAGAACGAAGUUGUGUUUGUUGUGUUUUGCUUUGAUUCCGGAGAAUGAGGUUGUGAAGAAGAGGCUUUUUGUGUAUUGGUGGGUUGGAGAAGGCUUUAGUAGUAGUACUAGUAGUAGUAGCCCCUUACAGGGGGGUGAAGAAAAGACGUAUGAGAAAAUGGGUGAUGAAAUAUUCCUGAAGUUAGUGAAGACCGGCUGUAUUGAGGCUGUGAAUAAGAAGCAUAGGCUGGUUGCGGAUACUUAUAAGAUGAAUCCUUUUAUUCGUUCCGCCAUGAUUGAGUUUGCCAAAGAAGCCAGGUUCUUUGAUUUUGAUGAGAAAGGGAAUCCCAUUGCUUUGAAUCCCACUGCUGAUUUUUCUACCUGUCACCGGGCAUGUUUAGUACUAAGUGACUCUUCUCAGAAGUUACUAAGAACUGGGUCUCGAUCAGAUGGGUCUCCAUUGGAUCAUGAGAAAUUGCAAACUAUAUUCAAUGUCAAUGAACCUUUUCCUGACUUUUUCAAGUUGGAGUGGUUCUCAAAGUUGAAGAAUGUCAAGGUUCUUUAUCUGGGGAGGUGGAAGAACUCGGCUAGUCAUCACAUUGAAGUAGAGAGUGGUGUAUUCUUAAAAGGGUUGAGAAGUAUGAAAUUUUUAAGGUUUUUCAGCCUUCAAGGAAUCUCUAGGAUCACAAAGCUUCCGGAUUCUGUGUGUAUGCUCUCAAGUUUGAGAAUCUUGGAUCUUAGAGCAUGUCACAAUCUAGAGCUGCUUCCCGAUGGGAUAGGCUCACUGAAGCAGCUGACACACUUGGAUAUAUCUGAGUGUUACUUGCUUGAAUACAUACCGGAUUGCCUUGCUCUCAGAACUCCUAGUCCUUAAAGGGUUUGUAGUUGGUGAUCGCAUAAGUGCAGAUUCGUGUACUCUUGGUGAGUUGUUAAAAUUGAGUAAGUUGAGGAAAUUGAGCAUCUACACAAACGUGAAGGUUUUUCUCACAGAUGAAGAGGUAAGCACUAUUCGACAGUUUAAGAAGCUUCAGAAGCUGACUAUUGUGUGGGGAGGUGGAGUAGACGGCCAUGCUAAGCAACUCACCAAGAGUACAUUUUCUGAGGGCCGGCACCCAGCUGGGUGCUGUCAUCUGAGGGCACGUAAACGCUUCACUAGAAAAUUAUUAAAAGCUGCCACCUUUAAGCAAGGACUAAGACCAGAAAUCCCAGAAGAAUUUAAGGAACUAGAGAAACUGGAUCUCCAGUGUUACCCUCAGAUGACUGCACCCAGCUGGUUGAUUCCUGACAAACUUGCCAAGUUAAAGAAACUGUACAUUAGAGGAGGAAAACUCCAAAAUCUGGGUCAAUUUAAAGAGAAUGAUAAGUGGAAAGUAGAAAUACUACGUCUGAAGUUCUUGAGUAACUUGAAGAUGGAUUGGAGUGAAAUCCGAGCAUCGUUUCCUGACUUAUUUUACUUGGAGAAAUUCAAUUGCCCUAAACUCACUCUGUUUCCAUGUGAUGAAAAUGGGUUAUGGUUGAAGCCAUUAAAUGAUCAAUGAAAUAAGAGCAGUUGCAAGACAUUGAAAGUCCAAGGCUUAAUCUGAGUGGUGAGAUGGAGCUUCACUUCCAGUUCACUGAAACUUGAAUCAGCCUGGUUGGACUGAAGCAAAGGAUCACCCAUUAUGGUCACCCAGGUCAGAAAGUCUUCCUCAAAUCUGAUCUUUCUGAUCCCACUCCACCGGGGGACUUCUGCUUUAUGCGCAAAAUGCUGUCUUUCCUCCAGUUGACUCGUUUUGUCGGUUAUGGUUCUUUUCCUACCAAAUGAAUUUUAUGUAUUCAUUCAAUUGUUCUUGUCAAGAUGAAUCACACAUCAAAAGUUUGUAAUGUUUCUGGCCUAUUUCGAA